UAGUUUUUUUUUGGAAAGGGAGGAAGAGUAGUCGGCAAAGCGCAUGCGUAGGUCGAAGACGAACGCGCAAGUCCGUACCGCUAGCAGCGAAUCUGUGUGUGAGUUUUUCUUUCUCUCCUCUUCUCAUAACACACACCUGCACCUAAAUCGCAGUCAGGGCCUUGUGGGAAGACGUGAGUCACUCCCUAUCGCCCAAACUAUUCUUUUUUUGCCGCCGCUGUUGUCGCUGUUCCCUACCAGCCCCGAGCAUCGUUGUGCACCGCAGCUAUGCGAACGUGAAGUCUGUCGACGUCAAGGAAGCGCAGACGAAUCCAUUUCUUCUUUUACUUUUCGUAGCAGUGAAUCUGUUGAGGUGAACAAGAAGCCCCACCGGAAUAAAUGCUCUCUCCACGUCUGGUGUCCGCUGUCGAGUGCGACUUGGCAGUGGCGCGGCAGCUCGCCUACUUCAGCGCGGGUUACUCCCCAGGCGGUCAGGAAGCAGCGGCGGAGGCGGAGCAGAUCGUUGUCGGUGGUAGUGGUGGUGGUGGUGGUGCCGUCCCCCAUGCUGUGGACCCAACCGCGCACGGCCCGCCUGCCCAUGCGGCCUCACCUAUUCGGGUAGCGGUGUCCAACCCCGUUCAGCGGCCUCGUCAAGGUACCUGCGCGGUGUUGGUGGAGCUGACGCGGCCGCUGACGUGGAUGUCGCACCGUGGACCACACCGUGGAUCUGGCGGCGGUGCCGGCACUGGUGCUGCGGCUAGUGUUAUUGCCGGACGGGCGGUGUCGAGUACAAACGCCAGCGCCGGGAGUGAGGUCUCCGCAGCCGGCGGAGCAGCGGUGUCGUUGAGUCACACAAGUGCAGCCAGCGGGUUUGCCGCCGCAGCAACGCCAAAUACGGCAAGUGCGUCUGCUCCCUCUGCGUCACCGCUCACAGCAGCGGCAACCGCAGCACCUCCUGCCCUGCCCCUUCUUGUGGCCACCGCCACCCUCGAAGUCGUCUUCCCAGCCCGGUACCCACACGAGCCCUGCCAGUGGUACCUCUCGGAGGAAGUCUCCUUCGGCGGGGUCGGCGACCACGCCACCUCCUCCUGGGCCGUGACGGCGAGUCAUCGAUCGGGCAGCAGCCGAAGUGCGGCCAACGUGUCGAGCUCCCCCCUCUCGAGCAGCAAAGCCGGCGUCUGGUCGGCCGGCUCCUCUUCUUCAUUAGGCGGGGAAGAGGGGCUGCCGCGCCGACUCGUUUCCAGCCGUCUUCUCAACGCCACAGCGUGCGAUGGUGCGAUGAGGGCAAACAGCGACGACGAUCCACUGGGUAGAGGAGCGGGGGGAGUGUCGAGCAAGCUGACCGCCUUCGUGGUGUCCGCCUUGGGCCAUCGACUGCUGCGGUGGAUUGCCGAGUCACGCGGCGGUGGUGGGAGUAGUGGCGGGGCAGGAAUGGCCUCUUCUCCGGCCUCGCCGACCAGCACUCCGGGGGCCAUCACUCGAUUCGCCCCCUCUGCCCUCCGCACUCACGCUCGCCACAGCGGCGUCUCACCAUUUCUGCUCGACUUUGCGUGUCUGCUGCGCUGCUGGCGUGCGGUGGAGUUGGACGUGCACCAUCUGCUGCUGCCUUCGCGUAUUGCGAUGGCCUACGGCGGUUGUGGCGCGCGGCUGCUGCGAGCGAUGAUGGGGACACACCUCAGUGGUGGUGGUGCAAACAACACUACGGCCGCGGUGGCAGCUUCGGCGGGGGGCUCGGGGGUCACUGCUGCUGCUGCUGCUGUUGCUGGCGUGUCUCUGUCGGCCAACGUCCUGGUGUCUCCGAAUAAGGUGCAUGCGGCGGGCAUCAGCAAUACGGUCGGAAGCGGCUGGAAUAGCAUCGCACCGGCGCCGGCGCGGGGCAGGGCAGCAGAGAAGUCGAACAGCGCAAGCAGCGUUGCAGGGAGUUUUCAUGGACCCGGUGUGGCUUCGUCCACCUUGGCCAACGUAAACAGCAACAGCAAUAACAACGGUAAAGGAGGCGUCAGCGCCGCACCACUCGCUGCGGCCGGCUCCUCCUUCUCCACCGCCGUCCCUGUGAGUCUCGGUGUCACAGGCGCUGCCGGCGUCCCCACCACGUCGACCAGCACCGGCGCCUCCGCGCUCUACCCGUACCGGCGUCGUGUAGUGAGGCACUUCCUAGCCGUAUUGCUUCCCCAAGGCGAUGUCGCGGUCUGUGGCCGUGUGCCGUCUGCUGGUGGUGGUGGUGGUGCGGGAGGGGCUGCACCGGCGCGCCGUGGCGUCACAUCAACGAGUACCACUGCGACCAAGGCGGGCGUUGCAACGGUGCCGUUGGAUAGCGUUCCGUUGUGUCUCCUGCCCCUGUACGAGCCGGUAAAGAACAGCCGAGACGGUGAAGCAGCGACUGGGACGCAGCGGCAGCCGAGUGAGCUCCCGCGGCGCGCCGCGAUCCCGGGCACGCUGCUGGGCUGCACCUCGCAGCUGAUGCGUGGCCAUGUGCUCCCCAGCUUCCUGCUCCCCUCCCACGUCCUGGGCAGCCCGUACAAGUGCGAGUGGGACGACGUGCGCCUCUUCACCGGCAAAUCCGCCGAUGCCGCCCUGCACGCCAACGCGAAGCUGGCGAAGGCGCUGCACCUGCCACAUGUCAGCGACCUCCUGCAGGUGCUCCGCCGUCUGGCCAAGAGCGUCGCGACGUCGGCCACCGAUGCUUUUUAUCUGGAGGAAGUGCUCUGGCCGGCUUUGAUGGAGACGGUGGGUGUGCUGCGUAGCGCACGACUACCCUUCUGGGCUGGGAUGGCGGUGUGCUCCCUGCUGCUGCCGAGUGUACUGGAGCAAGAAGAGGGGACGACGCAGCAGCAGCGGCGCCAACGAAGAGGUGGCACUCGUGGAGUGAUGCCUCCGCUACCUCCUCCUGCGCCUUCCAUGGAAGGAAGGAAGGAGAAAGGGAGUCGUGCGCGGUCAUUGCGUCGGUGGCAGCAGCGCUUCGCUGAACUCAUCGCGGUCGUCACCUACACGGAGCGCGUGCUGGCGGUGGCGCAGGAGUACACACUGCUGUGUGAGACCCGUCUUAUGCGGUGUGCGCUGCAGCGUGGGCAGCAGCUCCUUCACGACAGCUGUCGCUCCAUGGAAGAGAGACGGCAAGGGAGCUCUUCACAGACAACAGCAGCAGCCACCGUGUCGAGCGCGUGUGCGUUCCCUGCCCUGCCUGUCGAAGCUUGUCGACGGCUGCACGCCCCCCUCAGCGUGUGUGCCGUGUGCGGUCUCUCGCUGCUGCGUAACACCGUAAAGCAAAAUGCUGCUGCCACGGCAACUGUCAGUGGUGGUGGAGGUGAGGGGAGGGGGUUGGCGCGGACCCCCGCCACUGUCAGCCCGACAGGGAAAGAGGCAGAGGGACUCACGGCCAAAACCACGCACGCUGCGGUGCACGCUGCACUGCAGGAACGACGCGCCGAAGGCUGUUUGGUGGUGCAGUGCGCGAGGUGCGGGCACGGCGGCCAUGUGGAGCACAUGAGCAGCUGGUGGAACGACCCGACGGUGCACUGCUGCCCAAAGGGGUGCGACUGCAUCUGUGAGUAUUAG